AUGAAGGACCUGGACGCCAUCAAGCUCUUCGUGGGCCAGAUCCCGCGCCACCUGCACGAACAGGACCUCAAGCCACUGUUCGAGCAGUUCGGCCGCAUCUACGAGCUGACGGUGCUCAAGGAUCCGCACACCGGCGUGCACAAAGGUUGUGCCUUCCUCACAUACUGCGCCAGGGACUCCGCCAUCAAAGCCCAGACUGCUUUGCACGAGCAGAAGACCCUGCCAGGGGGUGGAAUGGCGCGGCCAAUCCAGGUGAAGCCGGCGGACAGUGAGAGCCGUGGAGGGGACCGGAAGCUGUUCGUGGGCAUGCUCAAUAAGCAGCAGUCGGAGGAAGACGUACUCAGGCUCUUCCAGCCCUUCGGAGUCAUCGACGAGUGCACAGUGCUGCGCGGACCCGACGGCAGCAGCAAAGGCUGUGCCUUCGUGAAGUUUUCUUCCCACACAGAGGCGCAGGCGGCCAUCCAUGCCUUGCAUGGCAGCCAGACCAUGCCGGGAGCCUCAUCCAGCCUGGUGGUCAAGUUCGCAGACACGGACAAAGAGCGGACUCUGAGGCGCAUGCAGCAGAUGGUUGGCCAGCUGGGCAUCCUGACUCCAUCCCUCACCCUGCCCUUCAGCCCCUACAGUGCCUACGCCCAGGCUCUCAUGCAGCAGCAGACCACAGUGCUGUCCACCUCCGGCAGCUACCUGAGCCCCGGCGUAGCCUUUCCUCCCUGCCACAUCCAGCAGAUUGGCGCCGUCAGCCUUAACGGUCUGCCUGCCACGCCCAUCACCCCCACCUCCGGACUGCACUCACCCCCACUGCUAGGCACUGCCGCUGUUCCUGGCCUGGUGGCACCCAUUCCCAAUGGCUUCCCAGGUGUCCUGCCCUUCCCUGGGAGCCACCCUGCCCUGGAGACCGUCUAUGCCAAUGGCCUCGUUCCCUACCCAGCUCAGAGCCCCACUGUGGCAGAGACCCUACAUCCUGCCUUCUCCGGAGUCCAGCAGUACACAGCCAUGUACCCCACCGCGGCCAUCGCGCCAGUGGCGCACGGCGUCCCGCAGCCUCCGCACCUCCUGCAGCAGCAGCGUGAAGGUCCCGAAGGCUGUAACCUGUUUAUCUACCACCUCCCCCAGGAGUUUGGAGACAUGGAGCUGACGCAGAUGUUCCUCCCCUUCGGCAAUAUCAUCUCCUCCAAGGUGUUUAUGGAUCGGGCUACCAACCAGAGCAAGUGUUUCGGAUUCGUGAGCUUUGACCACCCCGCCAGCGCGCAGGCGGCCAUCCAGGCCAUGAACGGCUUUCAGAUCGGUAUGAAGAGGCUGAAGGUGCAACUGAAGAGACCCAAAGACCCAGGACACCCGUACUGA